GGAAAAUUUCCAAAUUAAAAAGAAUCCAACCACCAUAUAACAAGCCACCCUCUCAUUUCCCUCUUCAUUCUAUGUUUAUUCUCUGCAACAGUUGACCAACAACUAAGACGAAGAAGAAGAGAGAAAAACACACAGAAGAAUAUGUCAAAGGAAGAGGUUUUCAUUGGCUCCGUGGACCAAGGCACCACCAGUACCCGGUUCAUCAUCUAUGACAAAUCUGCUCGCCCCAUCGGAUCCCACCAGGUCGAGUUCACUCAGUUCUACCCUGAAGCCGGGUGGGUGGAGCAUGAUCCCAUGGAGAUAUUGGAGAGUGUGAGAGUGUGCAUUGCAAAGGCGCUAGACAAGGCUACAGCUGAUGGUCACAACGUAGACAGUGGAUUGAAAGCAAUUGGAUUGACCAAUCAAAGGGAGACAACUCUUCUUUGGAGCAAAUCCACCGGUUGUCCUCUCUAUAACGCCAUCGUUUGGAUGGAUGCUCGUACCAGUUCUGUUUGCAGGAAAUUGGAGAAAGAAUUACCAGGAGGCAGAACACAUUUUGUUGAAUCAUGCGGUUUGCCCAUAAGCACUUAUUUUAGUGCAGUGAAGCUGCUUUGGUUGAUGGAGAACGUGGAUGCUGUUAAAGCUGCUAUUAAAGAGGGGGAUGCAUUGUUUGGAACUAUAGACACAUGGUUAAUCUGGAAUUUAACUGGAGGCGUUAAUGGUGGAUUGCAUGUAACUGAUGUCUCUAAUGCAUCACGGACAAUGCUCAUGGAUCUCAAAACCCUUGAUUGGGAUAAAACUACAUUACAAACUCUAGGAAUACCAGCUGAAAUUCUGCCCAAAAUUAUAAGUAACUCUGAGGUCAUUGGUAAAAUUGGCAAAGGAUGGCCUAUUGCUGGUGUUCCAAUUGCAGGAUGUCUUGGUGACCAACAUGCUGCAAUGGUUGGGCAAGCUUGUCGAAAGGGUGAGGCCAAAAGCACUUAUGGAACUGGUGCCUUUAUCCUUCUCAACACAGGUGAUGAGAUGGUUCGGUCAAAUCACGGGCUCCUAAGCACAUUGGCAUUCAAGCUUGGUCCAAAAGCACCAACUAAUUAUGCUUUAGAGGGCUCUAUUGCUAUUGCUGGAGCUGCAGUUCAGUGGCUAAGAGACAGUCUUGGGAUAAUUAGCACAGCAAGUGAGAUUGAAAGUUUGGCAUUACAGGUUGAUUCCACAGGUGGGGUUUACUUUGUUCCUGCUUUUAAUGGAUUGUUUGCUCCAUGGUGGCGAGAUGAUGCUCGUGGGGUUUGCAUUGGAAUCACAAGGUUUACAAGCAAGGCUCAUAUUGCUCGUGCAGUGCUUGAAAGCAUGUGUUUUCAAGUGAAAGAUGUAUUGGAUUCAAUGCACAAAGAUGCAGGUGAGAAGGGUGAGGUUAAGAAUGAAAAGGGAGAGUUCUUGCUUAGAGUGGAUGGUGGUGCCACUGUCAACAACCUCUUGAUGCAAAUUCAGGCAGACUUGCUGGGGAGCCCUGUGGUGAGACCAGCUGACAUUGAAACAACAGCUCUUGGAGCCGCAUAUGCUGCCGGAUUAGCUGUAGGAGUGUGGAAAGAAGAUGAAAUUUUUGCUUCUAGAGAAAAGAUCAAAACAGCUACUAUAUUCCGUCCUGUACUCAGCGAGGAACUUAGGAAGAAGAAGGCGGAUUCUUGGUGCAAAGCUGUCGAAAGAACUUUUGACUUGGCUGAUCUCUCUAUUUGAUGCACAGUUGUCUUUCUAUUUUCAUUUCUCUGAUGGUGGUUCUGUUUCUGGUUACAAUGUCUAGUCCUGUGUAGAUCUCUGUGAAUGACAGACAUAUCCAUGGUUAUAUUAAACUCUGAAUAAUUGGUAAUAAAAUUGCUAAAUCUAUCAACUAUUUCUAGCCAU